ACUUCGUUGGAAAGCUCUUGGGUCCGAAGGGCAAUUCCCUCAAGCGGUUACAGGAAGACACUAUGUGUAAAAUGGCUGUACUGGGCCGCGGUUCUAUGAAGGAUCGGUUGAAGGAGGAGGAACUCAGAGUAAGCGGAGAUCCCAAAUUCUCCCAUCUAAUGGAGGAUUUACACGUGGAAAUUUCGGCGUAUGCGACGCCAGCCGAAGCUCAUGCACGAAUUGCUUAUGCUCUAGCUGAAGUGCGACGCUUCCUAGUUCCGUAUUGCACGAUUUGCUGAAGACCACAGAACAAGACCUAUUGAAUGUUGCAAAAUUCAGAAGUUAGCAAGAAACUGACGCUUAUUAUAUAUUUCACGAUUUUCCAUUUAAUGUAAUUGUUCUGCACUCGAUGUAGAAUGGUCUCGUUAAGAUUACCAGUGUAUAUGUAUAGAUAUAUUUUAAUGAGUCAGAUAUAUACAUUACGUAUUGUCUACCACUACAACGGGCCUAUUAUUCGAAAAUUGGACUUUGAUAGCACGAAUUUACCACCGCGAAAAUUCCUCGUUGUGUGAAAUUAAUUGUAAUUCCAGAUCCAUUCAUGCACCUUUUCUCCUAAAAUUCAUGAGAAAGUACAGAAUCUAUUUAUCUGGAUUAAUAAUGAGUUUUUUUUAUCAUAAAAAUGAAUGUUAUGCUUUCAUUUAGAACUUAGUUAUGAACUGCAACGAUAUUUCUAAUAAAAAGAUGUUCCAAAUCUUUUCGUCGCAAAACGGCCGGAAGUUAACUCCGACACAAAAGAAUGUUCGGAAUCACCCCAACAUCCCUCUAUCCCUCUGAGUGUUUCUCUCAUUUAUUGGCUGAGGAGGAGUACGAAAUUGAUCCGUAGUAGUAGUUUAGUAGUUUUACUGUGCUACUCUUAUCUGUUAUUGUAUAACGAUUAGUAUUAAUAUAUAUUUUUCUCUCAACAUUGUAAUGCCACUA